CACUUCAGAAGUUUUUAGUCGCUGUAGUUUGGGGGUGCGAGCUGAGAAGAUUCGAAAAGAUGAAAAAUUUGGUCCUUGUUUUCCUGGUGCCUUUGAUAUCCUGUCGAGCGCUCCUUUUUGACGGAGACGAACCAGUUGCAACAGUUGAGCCAACAGAAGAAAUCGAACUUGUCCCUGAGGGGAUUACGUUCAGCCCUGUUGGAUGUUUCAGAGACAAAUUUCACCCACGUGCUAUGCCUGAACUGCUGAAGAACUUCCGUGGGACUAUUGAUUGGUCAGACUUGUCAAAGACAGUACAGAAAUGUGCGGAUGAAGCUAUGAACAAGCGCCAAGAGUAUUUUGGAAUCCAGUAUUAUGGAGAAUGCUGGGGAGGAGAGGAAGCAGACCUAUCUUAUGACCAGUAUGGAUCCAAUCCUGCUGGUUGCUAUAACAACAUGGUCGGUAAAGCUUGGCACAACUUCGUCUACAAGUUUAACAUACCUGGAGGAGAUUCAGAAGAAUAAAAGUAAAUCUCGGCACUAUAGCCAAAACUUAUUAUUCAGUCGUAGAGUAUUCUAAUGUAACUCGCCUGAUUUCUCAUUACCAAAUGAGUGUUAAAGAAUAAACAUGUGAAAAAGCUUUAAAA